UAUUACCACGUAUUCCAACACCCUGAGCACCGUUUAUUCCAUAUUUCCUCCCCCUUUUUUAGACAUUUCAACAAACACCUUACCUUCAUUCCUCCACCUUGUAUAUUUCCGUCCCCAUUCUCCCACCUUCCCCACCUUCCCUCAAUUCAAUCAUUCCAUAAUAUUCUGAUUGCAACUCAACAUUCUUCCAGUCUCGAGCGAUUGAUCUGAACCUCAAUCGGUCGCUCACGAGGCGAAAAAAGUAAUAUGGCUGAAGAACAUAAUUGGGAAGAAGCAAACACUCACAAUCACACACCCUGUGCCAACAACUGCGGCUUUUUCGGUAGCCCUACAACCCUCAACCUCUGUUCCAAAUGCUACAAAGAGCAUUACACAAAGGAACAACAAAUCUCAACGGCCAAAAUCGCCGUUGAGAAAAGCCUAUACCAACCAGAAACAUUAUCAUCAUCAUCAUCAUCUUCAAGCGCUGCCACUGUUUCAUCGCUUGAUUCGGUUUCAACCGAUUCAUCUGUGGUUGUUUCUGUGCCUGUGGUUGUGAAACCGCAGCUGAAGAACAGGUGCGGGUCGUGCAGGAGGCGUGUGGGGCUCACGGGGUUUACGUGCAGGUGUGGGACAACGUUUUGUGGGACCCACAGGUACCCGGAGAAGCAUGGUUGUAGCUUUGAUUAUAAGAGCAUGGGGAAGGAGGCGAUUGCGAAAGAGAAUCCGGUGGUGAAGGGUGUGAAAUUGGAGAAGAUAUGAGAUGAUAUCAGCCCGUUGAUUUGUUGUUAAUGAUGUUACGGUCUGCAAUAAUAAAGGAUGGGAGAUUGGGGGAACUGGUCGAUUGAAAGUUUAUAAGUUUAUAUAUGAAAUGAAAUUAUCCCUUGUUUUUUAAAUAUGUUGUAUGGUUGUUUUAUCUUAAAAGAAUACAAAAUUAUGUAUGUAAAAUAUAUAUAUCAUUUAAUUAAUGUUAAAGAUAUUGUGUUGUCAUGAA